GAGCGAUAGCAGUCAUGCCUUCGCUACGCGCGGCCAUCGCUUGUCUAUGGACAGCAGUCUCAAUAGCUGGCGCUAUACCAACAGCACAUGUUCAUAACAUUCGAGCAGAUAUGUUGGCAGAAUCAACAGCUUCAAUACAGCCCUUCCGCCUUGACCAGGUCCGGCUAGGGGAUGGCUUAUUUCAAGAGAAGCGUGAUCGUAUCAAGUCGUUCUUGCGUGGCUACGAUGAGCGGAGAUUUCUGAUACUAUUCAAUCAACAAGCCGGUCGGCCUAAUCCAGCGGGGAUUGAAGUGCCUGGAGGCUGGGAAGAAGGCGGCCUUCUAAGCGGGCAUUGGACAGGCCAUUUCAUGACUGCUCUAUCCCAAGCAUACGCCGAAUUAGGAGAGAACAUCUUCAAGGCCAAGCUCGAUUGGAUGGUGGCAGAACUGGCCGCUUGCCAGGAUGCAAUUUCUGCUCGCAAAGAGCCAGGCUCGGGCGCGGAUAACUGGACCGCGACACAUUCGGGCUACCUCGGUGCACUCCCGGAAGAUACUGUAUUACGACUUGGUCCACCGCGAUUUGCUGUCUAUGGAAGUGAUCCGAAAGCCAAUACUUGGGCACCUUGGUAUACGCAGCACAAGAUUAUACGGGGCUUGCUAGAUGCCUAUUACAAUACCAACAACACCCAGGCACUCGAGGUUGUGGUAAAGAUGGCUGACUGGGCGCAUCUGGCGUUAACAGUAGGAGACAAGAACCACCCAAACUACAAGGGCAACCUGACAAGGGAUGAUCUGAAUUAUAUGUGGGAUCUCUACAUCGGCGGCGAAUUUGGCGGCGCCAAUGAGGUGUUUGCAGAAAUACACGAGUUGACGGGAGAUGCACGCCACUUGGUUACAGCCAAGGCCUUUGACAAUCGAGAAUCGUUGUUUGGUGCUGCAGUGGCAGAUGAGGACAUUCUGGUGGUAAAGCCAGAGAACAAGCCAGGCAGGCGACGAGCGGUACGCCUACACGCUAAUACCCACGUUCCUCAAUUCCUCGGGUACAUGAGAAUCUACGAACAGAGUGGCGAGCAAGACUACCUGGACGCUGCAAAGAACUUUCAUGGCUGGAUAGUACCGCAUCGCGAGUUCGCCAGCGGCGGAACAGGGGGCACCUUUCCAGGUGCUGAUAGCAAUCCAGAACUCUUCCAAAACCGGGGUAAUAUCGCCAACGCAAUUGCGCAUGAAGGCGCGGAAACGUGUACAACAUAUAACAUGCUCAAGUUGAGCCGAAAUCUGUUCAUACACAAUCAAGAUGCGGCAUACAUGGACAACUACGAACGUGGUUUGUUCAACAUGAUCCCUGGUUCCCGCGCGGACACGUCCGACAACAGCGAUCCGCAGCUGACAUAUUUUCAACCCCUUUCCCCGGGAUCGGUCCGUGAAUUUGGAAACACUGGAACUUGCUGUGGAGGCACAGGGUUGGAGAGCCAUACCAAGUACCAAGAGACUGUGUACUUCCACUCAGCUGACAGUUCUACACUUUGGGUAAACCUGUACGUUCCAUCCACCCUGACCUGGAAGGACAAGGGCUUCACCAUCAAACAAGAGACGGGUUUCCCACGCGAAGACUCGGUCAAGUUCACAGUUGCCGGAGAAGGCCAUUUGGACAUUAAAUUACGUGUGCCCGCCUGGGCACGCAAUGGCUUCAAUGUCACCGUCAAUGGGGAGAGCCCAUCUGGAUUACCAGCUAAACCUGGAACAUACUUUACCCUGAGCCGAGAGUGGAAAACAGGCGAUGUAAUUCAAGUAGAUAUGCCAUUCAGCGUCAGGCUCGAGCGCGCGCUAGAUCGUCCAGAUACUCAAGCUAUCAUGUGGGGACCAAUCCUGCUCCAACUCUUGGGGAAGCCCGAGGGCAAUGGUAGCUUUUGGAAACUGUCGCUCUACCAAUACUUGAAGCUCGAUGGCGACUAUUCACGUGCUGCCAUUGUUUCUGAAAGCAAAACAGCCAAUGACGACCCUAUUUUCACCACGGCCUCGCGCAAAUUGACCGCACGCCCUUACCACAUUAGCGAUGACCAGGCCGUCUCGAGCUACUUCCACCGCGUUGAACCGGAUGUGGUGUUUGGUUCUAUCAACACCUCGGUUCCUAAUCGGAAACGUAACGAUGGGCUUCCGAAAUAUGAUGUGCCAGUUGAGGGCGUUUCGUCGCCUGGUAGUGAUGGGCCGACGUUCCUGGACUUGCUUUGGGACCAGGCGCCAUUUGCUUCACAUGCGGAAUUUGUGAAGGCUGUGACAAGCCUUGCGGAUGAAUUCGUUGGGAAAGGGAUUUAUACCACGAAGGAAAGGGAUGUAAUUGUUGGGAAAGCCGAAGGAGCGGAAGCCGAUUUGGCUGUAUAAGUUGUACACACACAAGCCUCUCCCCUUUAAUAUACCAAUUGAGUAUACAUGACUCGACCGAGAAAAUAGACUGCCUAAGCCGAUGGUCAAGUUUUCAAGGCAUACAUACUUCUUUGGAGAUUUAAAUACGAAAGUCAAUGUUGAAAUGAAUCCGAAAACUUAGUGGAAUUAUUUCGCAUCUGCUUGCAACGAUCGAACCAAGAGUAUCGAGCAGCAAGUUCUAGAAGGUCGCUCUGCAGCUGCCAGCUGAAAGCGACAAAGCUCGGUGUUCCACACUGCUCGAUCGCUACCAAACAGUUGGGGUAAUUAGUAAAUUGAUCGGUCCGGGAAAGCCUAGCUAGGAAGCAGUUCAGAAGUCGUUCGGUUGGCC